CGUUUUUAAUCCUUUAUUCUCUGUCUUUGUCUCUCUUGCUCUCUCCCCUCUUUAACUUAUAUCUUCUCUACCUCUCUGUAACUCUUUCACUCGAAAAUUGGAAAUGGCGGCAUUGAGUUUUAUCAGUACCAUUUGCUUGUUUCUGUUUGUUCUGGUUGCAGAGACCAGCUUUUGUCUUUCUUCGAAGGUUUAUGUUGUUUACAUGGGAAGUCGAAUUAGUACUGACCCAGAUGAGAUUUUGAGGCAAAAUCAUCAAAUUCUCACCGAUAUUCAUGAAGGAAGCAUCGAGAAAGCCAAAGCCUCUCAUAUCUAUAGUUACAGACAUGGUUUUAGAGGAUUUGCUGCAAAGUUGACAGAAGAGCAAGCUUCCGAAUUAGCUAGGAUGCCGGGUGUGGUUACUGUAUUUCCUAAUCUUAAAAGAAAACUACAUACUACUCAUUCUUGGGAUUUUAUGGGCCUUGUAAACGAUGAAGAGAUGGAGAUUCCAGGCUACUCAACCAAGAACCAAGAAAAUGUCAUCAUAGGUUUCAUUGAUACAGGAAUAUGGCCAGAAGCCCCGAGUUUUAGUGACCGUGGCAUGCCUUUUGUGCCCUCUAGAUGGAAGGGACAAUGUCAAGCUGGAGAAGCAUUUAAUGCUUCAUCUUGUAACAGGAAAGUGAUAGGGGCAAGGUACUAUUUAAGUGGCUAUGAAGCUGAAGAGGAUUCUGUAACGACAUUAACAUUCCGAUCCCCAAGGGAUAGCUCUGGUCAUGGUAGCCAUACAGCCUCAAUAGCAGCUGGCAGGUAUGUGUCAAACAUAAAUUAUAAUGGAUUGGCUGCUGGAGGUGCUAGAGGUGGUGCUCCGAUGGCAAGGAUUGCAGUAUACAAAACAUGUUGGGAUUCUGGUUGCUAUGAUGUGGACUUACUAGCUGCAUUCGAUGAUGCAAUUAAAGAUGGGGUUGACAUCUUGUCUCUCUCUCUGGGCCCUGAUUCUCCACAGGGAGAUUACUUCAGUGAUGCCAUCUCAAUGGGGUCGUUUCAUGCUUCUACCCAUGGAAUUCUGGUAGUUUCUUCUGUUGGAAAUGAAGGUACUCAAGGCUCUGCCACAAAUCUUGCGCCAUGGAUGAUCACUGUUGCUGCUAGUUCAACAGAUAGGGAUUUAGUGUCUGAGAUCAUGUUAGGAGAUGGAACUAACUGCACGGGUGAAAGUCUCUCUGUCUUUGAAACCAAUGGCCCAAGAAGGAUCAUCUCUGCUUCAGAAGCCAAUGCUGGAUACUUCACUCCUUAUCAGUCCAGCUAUUGUUUAGAGAGUUCCUUGAAUAGUACCAUAGCAAAAGGGAAGGUACUGGUAUGCCGACAUGCUGAACUUUCUUCGGAGUCAAAGCUAGCCAAGAGCUUGAUAGUGAAAGAAGCUGGUGGUGUUGGGAUGAUUCUCAUAGAUGAGUCAGAUAAGGAUGUUGCAAUCCCCUUUGUGAUACCUGCAGCUAUUGUUGGGGCAAAGACAGGGGACAGGAUCCUAUCUUAUAUUAAUCAUACAAGGAAACCGACUUCCAAUAUCUUGCCUACAAAAACUGUAUUAGGAUCUAGACCUGCUCCCAGGGUUGCAGCAUUUUCGUCGAAAGGGCCCAAUACUUUGACCCCAGAAAUUUUGAAGCCCGAUAUCACAGCUCCUGGGCUGAAUAUCCUUGCAGCAUGGUCUCCGGCAAUUGGAAAAAUUAAUUACAACAUUCUCUCUGGAACUUCCAUGUCUUGCCCACACAUAACAGGAAUUGUAGCAUUAAUAAAAGCUGUGUAUCCAUCAUGGUCACCUUCCGCAAUCAAGUCUGCCAUCAUGACGACAGCUACUGCGUUGGAUAAGAGUGGCAGAGCAAUGAAAGUAGACCCUGAAAGAAGAAGAGGAAAUCCAUUCGAUUAUGGUUCAGGCUUUGUGAGCCCAAAAAGAGUCCUUAAUCCCGGUAUUGUCUAUGAUGCACAUCCUGCAGACUACAAAGCUUUCCUCUGUUCAAUUGGUUACGAUGAGCAGUCAUUACAUUUGAUUACAAGGGACAACAGCACAUGCAGUCACACAUUUCCAUCAGCCUCAGACCUGAAUUAUCCAUCAAUCACAGUGCCUAAUCUUAAGGACAACUUCUCUGUGACUCGAACUGUGACAAAUGUGGGGAAACCAAGUAGUAUUUACAAAGCAAUAGUGUCUUCUCCCCCUGGAAUUAAUGUUACUGUUGCUCCAAAUUAUCUGGUCUUCAACAGCUAUGGUCAGCAGAUCACUUUCACUGUGAAUUUCAAGGUGAUCGCUCCAUCAAAGGAUUAUGUAUUUGGUCAUUUAGCAUGGAGAACAGAAAAGCUAAGAGUAACUAGCCCAUUGGUAGUCCGGGUUGCUCAUUCUACCGAAGGGUUGUUAAGAUGAGCUUGAGUACAGUAGAGAACAGAUAAAGAACUUCGAGGCCCUUGGCAGAAACACUAGAAUACAAGAUGAUAUCAUAAUUAAGUAACCAUCCCGCUUGAGGUGAAUCACAUUACUUGGGGCAAGCAGGGAAAAGUUCCGAGAUACAAGCUACCUGAUUAAUCAUAACUAGCCCUUAAAAUUGGUCAGUAAACACCAAACAAGAACAGAAGUGUUGUUCCUGUAUGUAUGGUCCUUUUAUACGUUUCUUCUAUGGAAUAUAAGUUCUUUUUUUUCUCUUGUA